GCAGGGCUCGCUGUAGCGAUCCGAUUCUGCUGCUUCCUGAGAGUGAAGUUUGACCGAUCGGUAUUUAUGGAGUAGCUCUCUUCAUCUUCUCUUUCACCCAACAAACGCAUUGCAUUGGAGUUUCCUCUCUUUAUGGAUUUCCCCCUAAAACCCUUCCAAUUCUCAUGGAUUUCUCCUCUCUUCUUCUUCUUCUUCUUCUUCUUCUUCUUCUUCCUUCUCAGCCUCUCCUCAGCGACCUCCUUGAUCCAAAAUCCAGAUUCACAAACCCAGCCCCUUUACGAUCAAAUUUGCAAUCACAUCGUUCCCCAAUCGCCUGUAGACACCCAGACCUUCUCCUUCGUCGAUUUCACUCGCAGACUCCAGUUCAGGAGCAGUUUCUUCUCAGGAGGCGACAAGAUCAUCGGCCAGCCUCCAGGUUCGGCCCCCUUGUUCCCGAGAUAUGUCUAUUUCUACCCGCUCAAUGCCCAUAAAACCGUCUCCCCGGGCGUAUAUAAACUCCAAGCAAACUUGGUUCUUCGAGGCUCGGCCAUGUAUCUUAAUUCUGACAAUUCCAAGCAUCGCCGAUUGCGGUUGGUUCGCUAUCGGGGACCCAAGACUCAGCCCUGGAAGCGUAGAGUGGGAUUUUCCCUCGACGGAUUUUGGUCGGAACAAUCUGGGAAGCUAUGUAUGGUUGGAUCAGGUACGAGUUAUAUGAAAUCGGGCGUUUUACAGUAUUUGAAUGUCGUUCUCAAGCUGGAUUAUCCAACAAACGUGACCAUUUUACAUAGUUUGAUAACUGGAACUUUGGAGAGUUUGGAUGAAAAUAGUGGUCCGAAAUUUUUUGAACCUGCUUCGAUCUUGAGUAUUGCCCAAACUGCGAAUUACAACUAUAAAUUCACAGACAACGGCCUUAAGGGUGGCUGCCUGAGCGGAAAUGAUAGAGGUCCGAUUCUAUCUAAAAAUGUCUGUUCAUCAAUUGGUACACUUACUGAUACGUUUGACUUGGAGUAUGGGAGUGACUGUGGUGUUGUGAACUGCAAUCCUCUUGGUAAGAAUGUUGCAUACUUGCCGAUUUCGAUGAACUACGAAGGAAUUGAGUGCACCCAAGAGGGAAAAAUGCGAAUGUUACUGCGCUUUAUCAACACAAGUUAUCAUGUAAAUCGAUAUUCUUUCGUUCCUAGCGACACCUUGAUUGCUGAAGGAAUUUGGGAUCAGAAGCAGAAUCGGCUUUGUGCUGUUGCCUGCCGGAUCCUGAACUUGACAGAAUCCUUAGCAAAUGCUUCCGUUGGAGAUUGUUCGAUAAAGUUGAGUCUGAUAUUACCUACUGUUUUUUCUAUCAGAAACCGAAGUACUGUUGUGGGUCAAAUCUGGAGCGCCAAGUCUGCGAAUGAAUUGGGUUACUUUCCUAAAAUUGGGUUUCAUAGUUAUAAUGAAAUGUUGAUAGAUCCUUUGCGAAUCAAAUAUGACUAUACUGAGGUUGGAACACAAGGUUCUUGCCCCCAAAGUAAGAAUGUUGAUGGUAAGGAAAAGACAUACCCUGAUGAAUAUUCAUCAGACAUGAGAUUUUACGUGUCCUUAAAGAACAGCAACGGGCAGAUUGCAAGGGGUUAUGCGACACCGUUAUUUGUUGAUCGGCAUUUCUAUCAGAAUGGUAUAUAUCAAAGGUUCGUUAACAUCACUAUGUCAGGGCAAAAAGAGUCUACAGCUCCAGUGGCAUACGAUUGGAAUAGUCUGCUGAACGUUAGCUACAGGAUAAUCUUCAGCGCUCCUUCUGAUUUCAAGUUGGCUGGAGAGAAAUUUUCAUUGAAGAAAGAGGAGAUUUCUGCUGAAGGAACUUACGAUAAGAAAACUGGCUCUUUGUGUAUGACAGGAUGCUGGCAACGAGAGUUGAUGAUCAAUCGUACAUGGGACUGUGAAAUUGUUGUCAAAGGCCAAUUUCCACCACUUGAUGCAAGUGGGGUGGACCAUCUGAAGGGAACCAUUGAAAGCAAAAGGUCAAAGUCAGAUCCUUUUUAUUUUGAUAAUCUGGAGUUGUCUUCGGUUUCAAUUUACGGGAGCCAGGCCAAAGAAUCCAUUUGGAGAAUGGACCUUGAAAUUACUAUGGUUCUGGUUUCCAAUACACUUGCAUGUCUUUUUCUGGUAUUGCAACUCUUUUACGUAAAUAAGCAUCCAGAUGUGCUUCCUUUUGUUUCUGUUUUGAUGGUCGUAAUUAUGUGCUUGGGACACAUGAUUCCUCUUCUGUUGAACUUUGAAGCUUUGUUCGCAGCACACCGAAACCAGCAGAGUGUGUUUCUUGGCAGUGGGGGAUGGCUCGAAGUGAAUGAAGUUAUCGUUAGAGUAGUAACGAUGGUAGCUUUCCUUUUGCAGUUGCGUCUUCUUCAGCUCACUUGGUCAUCAAGACAGGGCAAUACAAGUGAGAAGAGCUUGUGGGAUUCUGAGAAAAAAGUUACUUAUCUGACUCUACCAUUGUAUGCAGUUGGCAUUUUGAUUGCUUGGCUUGUAUAUGAGUGGAAAAGUUCUUACAAUAUCUCACCCAUGCCAUUUCUGAAACCGCACCGCAGAGGUUAUCAAAUUUAUUCUACCCAGCAGCUCUCUUACAAGCAAGACUCUUUCUGGGAGGUUAUCAAAUCGUUUGCAGGUUUGGUCUUGGAUGGUUUUCUGGUCCCACAGAUCAUAUUCAACUUCAUAUUUGAUUCCAAAGAAAGGGCUCUAUGCUUCUCCUUCUAUAUGGGUACCACAUUUGUGCGUCUACUGCCUCAUGCUUAUGAUCUUUACAGGGCUCAUCAUUCCAGCUGGUACCUUGAUUUAUCAUACAUAUAUGCAAACCACAAGCUAGACUUCUAUUCCACUGCCUGGGACAUCGCUAUCCCUUGCACUGGUCUUCUAUUAGCCCUUAUCAUAUUCUUGCAGCAGCGGUUUGGUGGUCGAUGCUUAUUUCCCCGAGUUUUCCGUAAGCAGGGACCUUCAUAUGAUAAAGUGCCAACGAUCAGCAAUGAGGAAUUGGAACUCUCAGUUGCAAAUGACCUAGAAGCUUUGAAGUAAAAAUAGCUUCCUUCAAGUCAUUUUUAUCACCGUUUUCCAGCUUUACCAUACAAAUUGGCUUAUUGGUGUGGAGAAUGACGGUAGAGAUCAGACCCAACAGCAGCCUGGUCGUCAUUGUGUUUGGCUAACGAGUGUUCGGUUAACGAAUACGGCGGUGAAGGUAAAAAUUCCAGAAACACAACCCUCUCAACAGGCCGUGAAGUAUUGUGUGCCUAACCAUGAGUUUGAUGCAUUUAAAAUUUUGUGGAUGUGUACUCAUAGUUCCCAAACAAAUUCUUCAAACUGGGUAAUUUGCAAUCAUCUCUUCAAGAAAUUUAUUUCAGUUA